AUGGCCGUUCCCGCAGACUUCACCACUCUCAACCUAUCCGGCACAUUCCUCUUGAACAGAACCCUCACGGAUCCUCGCACCGAUGACAUUCUCGCUUUGCAAGGUGUCGGCUGGCUCAAGAGGAAAGCUAUCGGCCUGAGCAGUAUCACUCUCGCCAUUAAGCAUUACAAGGACGAUGAUGGUGUCGAGCACAUCGAUAUUGACCAGACCCUCACCGGCGGCAUCCCCGGUACUAGCGAGAAGCGGACACUUUGGUGGAAGGAAAAAGAGAAUAACGAUCACCUAUUUGGUCACGUCAUAGGGAAAUCGAGGAGGAUCAAAGUCGACGAGCUUGAUCUUGAGUUCUUGAAGACAGGUUGGACGACUGAUACGAUUGAGCAUGGAGUUGUUCAAUCAUACGUGGAGAGUGAUACCCCAAAGAGCGGUACCGUUUGGAUUGCCAAUCAGACCUGGGGAAUUGAAGAGCUUGAGAGCUUGAGAAGGUAUGUUAGGCAUAUCAAGUUUACUGGGCCCAAAGCGGAGGACAUUGAACUCCGAAUGGUAUAUGACUAUGUAUCAUAG